AUGGCCUCUUAUACACACAGCCGAAGUGCGGUGAGAGCUCAGCGACGAGACUCGUCAUCAUCCUCAUCUUCACACACAAUGUCCAACCGCUCAAGACCACGCCUUCUACGCUCAAGUGCAACUGAGCCUUCAAUCACUGUCUCCAAUGCUACUGGAAACUCAUUUGCUGGUCCCGAGUCGCCACAUAGAGCAACUGAUCUUCUCAACCGUGUUGCCGUCUAUUCUCCGUCUCCCGAGCAAGCCUCCACCCCAGCGGCAAUCCCACGCCAUGCUGGACCCAUGUCUAUCUGCCGUGAUCACCGCGAGCACUCUCCUUCCAGCAGCCCUGGAAGCCAAUCCGCCGUCAUGUCCGACUCUCCUUCUGGUUACUACUUUAGCUUUCCCAGCUUUGAGGAGUGGAACAGGGACAACCAGGACGACAUCACCAAGGACAAUGAUGAUUGA